AUGGCUUCGAUAAACCAGCCCGAUUUCCAAGAUUUCUUGCCUCUCAUGGCCGAGAAGCUUGGUGGGGACGGCUUGAUUGGGGAGCUCUGUAAUGGGUUCCGGCUGUUGAGGGAUGCCGACAAAGGCGUCAUCACAUUCGACAGCCUGAAAAAGAACUCUGCUUUCUUGGGCCUGCAGGAGCUUUCGGACGAAGAUCUUCGUGGGAUGCUUAAAGAAGGCGACUUUGAUGGAGACGGGGCCCUCAAUCAGAUGGAGUUCUGCGUGCUAAUGUUUAGGUUGAGCCCGGAGUUGAUGGAGCAGUCGCAGUAUCUGCUGGAGGAGGCACUUGAGCGGGACGGGUUCAGAGAUUGUGACAUGUUCUUGUAA